AUACUCGCUCUUUGCACAGCACGUUGUCUGUGCGGCCUCGACUUCCUUUUCUGGGCAGAUUUCAUGGCGAGUGAUAGCGGGGAAUAGUUGAUUCACCUACCGUGACCACACUGACCCGUACAUCAAUCUCCAGAGACGCUUUUUCGGCUGCCAUUAUAAAGACCGUGACGUCAGCAGAGUAGUUGAUUGGCCUUGACAUCAUCAGCUAUUUUUAGGAUUUGGGUGGUUUCUGGACUGAACGCUGUGCUGUGCCCUCUCUCUCCCUCAUCGUGCUGUGGCCGUAGCUGGUCUUACCGAAGAACUGCCAGUCGAUGGCUCUGAUGGACAAACACAAAGUGAAGCGGCAGAGACUGGACCGCAUCUGUGAAGGUAUUCGACCACCCAUCCUCAAUGGGCCCAUGCACCCUCGUCCUCUGGUGGCACUGCUGGAUGGGCGGGACUGUACUGUUGAGAUGCCCAUCCUGAAGGACGUGGCCACCGUGGCCUUCUGUGAUGCCCAGUCCACACAGGAGAUCCACGAGAAGGUCCUAAAUGAGGCUGUUGGUGCUUUGCUCUAUCACACCAUUACACUCUCGCGAGACGACCUGGACAAGUUUAAAGGUCUUCGGGUCAUUGUGAGGAUUGGCAGUGGAUUUGACAAUGUUGAUAUAAAAGCUGCAGCAGAGCUGGGUAUAGCAGUGUGUAAUGUGCCAGCCUCAUCUGUGGAGGAGACGGCAGACACUUCCAUGUGUCUAAUUCUGAAUCUGUAUCGCCGCGUCACCUGGAUGCAUCAGGCUCUGCGUGAGGGCACCCGUGCCUCCAGCGUGGAGCAGAUCCGGGAGGUGGCCGGAGGCGCUGCGCGUAUUCGAGGGGAAACGCUGGGCAUCAUCGGACUGGGACGUGUGGGCCAGGCAGUUGCUCUCAGGGCAAAGGCAUUCGGGUUUGGAGUGAUUUUCUAUGACCCGUACCUGCCGGAUGGGGUGGAGCGAUCACUAGGGCUCCAGCGCAUGGCUACACUACAGGACCUGCUCAUCCACUCGGACUGCGUCUCGCUACACUGCAGCUUAAAUGAACACAACCACCACCUCAUCAAUGACUUCACCAUCAAACAGAUGCGUCAGGGCGCCUUCUUAGUGAACACUGCGCGUGGUGGUCUGGUGGAUGAGAAAGCUUUGGCCCAGGCUCUGAAAGAGGGCAGAAUACGGGGAGCAGCGCUGGAUGUCCAUGAGACAGAGCCCUUCAGUUUCUCUCAGGGCCCACUGAAGGACGCCCCAAAUCUUAUCUGUACCCCACACACAUCCUGGUACAGUGAACAGGCCUCCAUUGAGGCCAGAGAAGAGGCGGCGCGGGAGGUGCGCAGAGCCAUCACAGGUCGUAUCCCGGACAGUCUGAAGAACUGUGUGAAUAAGGAGUAUUUGAUGGCAGCCUCUCAGUGGCCAUCUAUGGAGGCCACCACUGUGCACUCUGAACUCAACGGAGCUGCAGCCUAUAGGUUCCCUGCGGGGCUGAUUGGUGUUGCAGCGGGCGGGCUGCCUGGAGCCGGGGCAGGAGUGGAGGGCAUUGUGGCUGGAUCUCUGCCCCUGGCCCACGCCAUUGCCCCGGUCUCACACCCGCCUCAUACCCCAUCACCUGGACAACCCUCCAAGGCAGAAGCGGACAGAGACAUCCCUUCUGACCAAUAGCAUCCCAGCACAUUCCAUCUUUGCCCUGAUUGAUGCCCUUUCACCUCACCCAGGGGGACCGACACCCCUUGCUUUCAAUGUGACCUUGGGUCAUCCCAGUCCAACAGAACACAUGUACAAACCCAGGAGUGAAACCCUCUACCCCAAACGUACCCCUCAUUUCCACUCGCUGUAUCCUCUGUUGAUCACUCUGGCAGAAAGCAAUAACUUCUCUCAAGGAUUCAAUAAUUGGGUUGAUACACACUAUUUGUAAGCUACGAAAUCCCAAUUCCUUUGCAUUGUAUCUACUCUGGACUAGUUGGAGUUUGUUUCCGAGUAGUGUUUCUUACAUUUUGUUCUUUUCUAAUCUGUUUUAACAGCGUGGAAAUAAACGCAUGGACCUUGUUUUCUUUCCUUCGUCCCCUGCCCAUUCUCCUCUUAGCAUAAAUUUGUAAAACCUUCUCAACCUGUCCCGUCUUGAUCAUCAAAACAAAGUAACAGCUGGCUAACAUAUUUGAUUCAAUUCAGCAGCCAUCAGUGUUUAUUUCACAGCUGGUGUUCAAUAACAGAGAUCAAGGCUAAUGGUGAUAGCCCGUGGCUAAGAGUAACUCGGUCCAUGGGAAGAGCUCAGAUGUUUCGCGUUCCUCUUACUCUCUCUUCAUGUGGAAGGCAUCUUCUAGAAUUGUCCAUCAUCUCUCCCUCUCUCUCUGUCUUUCAGAAAACAAGAGAGAUUUACCCCCAGAGCUGUUGGGGGUUUGAUCAUGUGCUCCACUUUAAGUCACAAGAUUUACAGCGUCCGUAAUGCCUGAGGUCUGCAUAACAGUGUCAUUUGAAAUUGCAUAUGUGAGAUUCCAUCGUCUUGUGAUGGCUGACUUAAUUUUAUUUUGUGUCGCCCCUUGUGCUGCUUUGUGAACAGCUAGAUGAUGGGAUAUUGCUCGUAGGCUGCCAUCUUCAUAAACAAAAGUUUCAAACAAAGCCAUAAUCAUUUGACAAACUGUAAAAUAGCUGGUUUAACAAAACCUAUCCAAAACAUCUUAACUCUCCCUCCAAAAACAAAAAAAUAGAUGCCCUUUAUACAAUGUGCGUACAACAUUGACCUCCCCUUGACUCAUACUGAGAUCCACCAUUGCUAAGCUGAUAAUAUUGGCACCUUUUUUAUUCUUAGCCAUUUGAAGAAUAUUUGCCUUGUUUUCCAUAUCUUCUCUCUGUCCUGGAUUAUCUCUUGCUGUACUUCCUCCUUGUGCCUCCUUUUCCGAUUAGGCCUUCUCUUUUUGACGUGGCGAGGCACACCGUUCCACCCUUCAUAUCUCCGCUCUCGUCCUCUCGCCCCCUCCAUCGAUUCCCAUGAAAUCACUGUGUAGCGCAUUCGCCUGCCCUGCCCUGCCCUGCCUCCUUUCCACAAGGCACUUAAACUCUUAAUACACUUUGUAAUACGUUUUCAUACAGGCCUGACAAAACAAACUGAACUUCAUCCACCUUUUUGGGAGGAAGUCCUGGUUUAGGCGAGCUGGGGCUUAUGUGCUCUGGAAGCUGCAGUAACGUUGAUGGCCAGCAGGUGGCGAUGACUUGCUUUCCCCCUCAGGUUUGGGCUCAGCCGAUGGUUGCACAGCGAGCCUUCUCGUGAAGCUUCAGACCUGUUGUGGGCUGCUCAAUCUGUCACUCAUCUACACACUUCCAGAUACUCAGGAUGGGUGAUGUGGCAGCUCUGUGCCACACUGUUAAAGCAGGUCAUACCCUGAGCUUGACAUUUGCAUGGGCGUCUUCUAUGAUUUCAGCCUUUGUUUUCUCUGCGUUUUCACCAUUUAGAGCACAGAAGAUAAGGUGGAAAGAAUGUAAAAGCUAGGUCACUGAAACGCUGGUUGCUUUCCAAAGAAGGUAGGAGAGUGUCUCGGGAUAGCGUUCUGUCUGAAGAGAAAGGCCUUUCUAGUACCUCAGUAACAGAUAUUGAAUGUAUGCUCAAAUCUUUCUCGCUUUGUACAGCUUUUUUAGAUCAUAGGUUCCUAUUUGUGAGGGGGUGUGAAUGAAGUCUGCAUGUAUGUGACCGUGUGCGACUGCUUAUCCAGUACAUCAGUUAAUUUGCAAAUGACAAAAUAAAGCUUUUUUUUUUUUUUUAAGCAUAGGAUGUCUAUUAUAUUGUUUCAUUAGGUGUAGUUUGAAUCUCAGGCUUUAGCUUUAGAAAGUUCUUGAUCUGUGAUUUUUGUAAUUUUCUGUAUAAAGGAGCACAGUUUCACGUCUUUGUCGACAUGUAUGUUAAUAAACUGAGAAGAGGGGUCCUAAACUAUUUGGAAAUGGCAGUAGUGUGAUUGGGGAUGUUUUUCUGCCUACAAACAGCUUGUUCUAGAUAGGUGAUGUUGUGGUAAGUGUCCCCACAUGGCCGUCGUCCUCAAUUGCCAAUCCUCAUGGAUUAAUGCAUGAUAAUGAGAUGGUCGUACCUAUCAGGCCCCUCCCCCUCGCUUCCCCAUUGGCCACGUUUUGAUGUUGAAUUUUGAUUGACGUGCAGCUUUUCAUAGAAUGAAGUGAUGCCCUUUCUCGUCAACACUUUAUAGCUGCUCUGUAAAAUUUCUCUGUACUACAAGGUUUUUGAAGUUUUCGAGUUUCUUCUAGCAUUACCGUGGUGUUUCUUUGCCGUCGGCAUCAUCUCUGAUAUGAGAUGUGUGCUAUGUGUUAACCAAGAAAUUAGACAUUUUGAUCUAGUUUGUGUCAUUCAGUGUUCAACAUGUUGUAUUGAAACAUUUCAAGACGAGUCUCGUUCGAUACUUUCACCCUCAGCAUCCAGGAAUCCCGUUUCUCGUCUGAAGGCCCCCGUCAUCAUGUGGUCCCCGCGCUGCCUUAAUGUUGUAGAUAGUGGUGGGCUUUUUCCUCUACAAAUCCCCGACCUCUCCUCUUCCCCCUGCAAACACACAUGCAAGAGAGAGGAAGCUGAUUUAUUUAGCCAUAUGUUGCUCUGUGUGCUUGGCGCAUAUUUCUAGAGAACACGAAUGGCUUUCACUUUGAGGUGUGAAAUGCUCGGGCACUAUGAAAGACCCUUUCAGGAGCCGCUGAUGUGGUGACAUCUAGUCCAUGAAGGGAGGUUGGAGAGGACAGAUAUGGACUUGGAGAAGUCAGUUUCUCUCUCAGGGUUCUAAUACACACAUAUCCUACAGCCGCCAGUUACACUCUUCCUCGAUCCGAACGAAGAUCUCCAGAGCUCUCUUACACAGUCCAUCUUUCAACAGUGAGUGUCUUUCUCAGUGAUACUUUUCCUCUCUAUCGCUCUUUUCUCCUUUUCUUUUUGCGUAUUUGUCGCACUGACACCUAACAACAGAAGAAUGAAUGUUUUAAUAGAACUGCGUGUAACGUUGAAGUUGGGAAAUGUAUUUUUACAACAUGUGAACUUUUUAUUCCUUUCUCUUACCUUCUUUUUGUUGUGAAUUGAUCCCCCCCUCCCCCCCAUCACCAGACUGCAAAAAAGUAAAAACAACACAAAAAAAAUCCUGUAACUAGGCUCUUAAGCUUUACUUUUGUUUUUGUUUACUUUUUUUAUUAGAAAACAAUCAUGUUUGUGAUGGUAACCUCUGAUGGUAAAUUCCACAAGGUAUUUUAAUAAAAUCCUAAAGAUUAAACCC